AUGUGUAAUGGGAAAUAUUGUCGGUUUCAAUGGAGGAUUGAAAUAGCAGAGGCAGCUUUUAGAGAAACUAGCCAAGACUGUAUUCAAGAUACCGACAUUGCCUCGAUUGAAGAAGGUCCUUGGGACGGAGAGGAAGAAGAACUCAUAACCUCAUAUUCCACUAUUCAAGAAUUAUACAAAGCUCUUUACGCCAGGAAAGACAACAACAAGCUCAACAUGGCUUUGAAGUUCGCCCCAUUUGCUUCUGAAAUAGAGCUACCAUUUUACAAUGCUCUUUCUCAGUCAAAGAUCGACUAUGACAAGUUGGACGAUUCUGCACGCCCUGUUCUUGGUUUAUAUGAACCAAGAGCUACACAAAGUCCUGACCAGAGUUCUCGUAUGAGAGUUCUCGGCAAUGCUCUCAGUAGCAGCGAAGUUCCUCUUGGUCAUAUUCGAGCUGAGGGUAAGAUCAAGAAUGUCAAUACCAUCGAAGACUUCAAAAAUAUGGACAAGCAGGCAAUGUUGCAUCUUUCUGCGAGACAGAUUUGGGAUGCUAUUAAUGAUGGCACCAUUUACUCUAUCCCAUCGUUACUUUCUUCAUUCACCAUUUUGUCGUUUGCUAAUUUGAAGAAAUAUACUUUUACUUACUGGUUUGCCUUUCCUGCCCUCCAUUCGGAGCCGGCAUGGAAGAAAAUUGAGCAACCCCCCAAACUUAGUGCUGCUGAGACCACGGCGCUUACGGAGGAAGUUGGUACGUGGCGUUACGCCCACGAUAACAGGGAGCAUGGAUUCUUCCUAGCCAAACGAGUGUAUCUUUCUUCGAAAGCGCUCCAAGAUCCGGAAAACGAGUCCUUUUCCGAUUUGAAAUUCAAGUGGGUCAUUGGAUCCUUGAGAGCAUUCGAAGAUGGUUUCUUCAGAGGUGUAGAUGCAAAAGACCAAUAUAUAUCUUUUGUAGAUCCAUCCACUUAUCACGAAAAUCCAGGAUGGAUGCUACGAAACCUCUUGGUUCUAGUGAGACGCAGAUACAAGCUCGACAGAGUCCAGAUUCUUUGCUACCGAGAUAGUCAUGCAAACCGACAUGUGCCUCAGAGCUUGAUUUUGGUUUUGGAGAGCAUCUACGACCCAGACUAUUCCUCGACCGGCCCUGAUGAGAUGCCUAAAGUCACAGGUUGGGAGCGCAAUAGUCUUGGAAAGCUUACUGCUAAAGUCACAAACUUGGCUCAAUACAUGGAUCCAGCUCAAUUGGCCGAUCAAGCGGUUGAUCUGAACCUUAAAUUGAUGAAGUGGCGCAUCGCACCCGAGUUGGAUUUGGACGCCAUCAAGAACACUAAAUGCCUAUUGCUCGGAGCUGGAACACUUGGAACAUAUGUAUCGAGACUGCUUAUGGGUUGGGGGGUACGCAAGAUCACUUUCGUCGACAAUGCAUCUGUUUCUUUCUCAAAUCCGGUUCGACAGCCAUUAUUCGACUUCAAGGACUGCAUUGAUGGUGGAGCUAAGAAGGCAUACAGAGCAGCUGAGGCUCUUCAAGAGAUUUACCCGGGAGUGGAUAGUACUGGGCAUGUGAUGGCAGUACCAAUGCUUGGACAUCCAAUUACAGACGAAGCUGAUACCAAGAUGAACUUUGAGCUCUUACAGAAACUUAUCAAAGAUCACGACGCAAUUUUCUUGUUGAUGGAUACUCGGGAGAGUCGAUGGCUUCCAACCGUUAUGGGAAAGGCAGCUGGCAAGAUCGUUAUGAAUGCAGCUCUAGGAUUUGACACGUAUGUGGUGAUGAGACACGGGAUUACUCCAGCAGAUGGAGGGCCUGCUGCUCUUGGUUGUUACUUUUGUAAUGAUGUUGUUGCCCCAUCCGACUCCGUCAAAGAUCAAACUCUUGAUCAACAGUGCACUGUCACUAGACCAGGCGUAGCUCCCGAGGCAUCUUCCAAGCUUGUAGAACUCCUUGCUUCCGUCCUUCAACAUCCACUGCGAGGUGCGGCUCCAGCCCCAAAACUUUCAGCAAACCAGCAAUCGGGCCAACUGGAAUUCGAUCGAGACCCACCAAAUCACCCUCUAGGACUCGUACCUCAUCAGAUUCGUGGUUUCUUGUCCGCUUAUAAGACGAUGCUUAUCAGUGGUCCUUCCUACGAUUGCUGUUCCGCAUGCUCGCCAAAAAUCGUUAAUGCAUACCAACAGGACGGCUGGGAAUUCAUCAAGCGAGCAUUGACCGAGAAAGACUAUAUCACAGAGUUGAGUGGACUAGCAGAAGUUCAACGCAAAGCCGAAGCAGCUGCGGAUGAUGUAGAGUGGGACAGUGAUGAGGGGGAGCUUGAGAAUGAAGAGCCUGAACUCCUUUGA